GCGUAUCGGCCUCCGGGGUUCACUCGCUCACACUGCUCCCUCUUUCGACGUCUCCUCCAAGUGUGGUCAGCCUUUUGAUCGCAGGGACCACAGGAGAGUUCUUACUAGGAAUGACUGUCGGUCCCUGCCCACCCGCGUGCCUGAGCCCUAGCAGAGCUUCAAAGUUGGAGCCACCUCCCACUCUACCUCCCCACGCCCCUUCACGCCACUGCUCCGAAAUUCACCGACCUUUGCAUGCAUUGCCUAAGGGCUGCAAACCUUAGGGCAGAGAAGCUCGCAACCCCGCCAGGCUUUCCGUAUUGUAACCUUCGGGUUUAGGUACAGUAGCUCACUGAAGACUCUGCAGAUACACCCCUAUAAACAGAGGGAAGAAGGGGGAAGGGAACGGAGGAGAGAGGAAAGGAGAAAGAGAAUGAGGAGGAGAGGAUGUCAGAAGGUCCGUGCCUCUCCGCCUGAGUACCAAUUAGAUGCGACUGUUUCAGCCUGGCCAAGGUGAAGGAAAGUUGCUUCUGAGCCCAGGAAGUGGGUUUGGCUGCAAAGAGGAGGAGGGCGACUGGGCUCUAAAGCUCCCCUCCCUUCUGCUGAAGACCACUGGGUCCCCUUCUUCCCAACCUCCUCUUGCUCUUCUCCUCUAGCCCUCCCUUUUCCCACUCCUCCUUGACUCGGAGGCCUGGAUGCUGGGCCACCGGGCAGUGGUCCAGCGCGCAGCCGGGCGGGGGCGGGGGCAGGGGGCACUGUGACAGGAAGCUUCGCGCACAAGUUGGCCAUUUCAGGGGCAAAAUAACUUCUCCCUUGGAUUUAGAAAGGACAAAGGCAGCAAGCUCCCUCUUUUGUGUCGGAUGAAGAGGACCAACCAUGAGCCAGAGCCUGGGUGCAGGCUCACCGCUGCCGCUACCACCGCGGUCAGCUUCAGUUCCUGCCAGGAGUUGACGGUGCGAGGAAUUCGGUGACGGGCUCUUUCAGCCCAAUCCUCCCUUAUCUGAAGGACAGGCAAAAGAUUCCACUUGGAAAUGAGAGAAGACUAGAAGGAAACAUUGGCUUCACCAAGUGAUAUCUCCAAGAGAUAUAGAAACAGGAUUCAUGAAGAUGUUGACAAGACUACAAAUUCUUAUGUUAGCUUUGUUUUCAAAGGGAUUUUUACUCUCUUUAGGAGAUCACAACUUUAUGAGGAGGGAAAUUAAAAUAGAAGGAGACCUUGUUUUAGGAGGCUUAUUUCCUAUUAAUGAAAAAGGCACUGGAACUGAAGAGUGUGGGCGAAUCAAUGAAGACCGAGGUAUCCAACGCCUGGAGGCCAUGUUGUUUGCCAUCGACGAGAUUAACAAAGACAAUUACUUGCUCCCAGGAGUGAAGCUGGGUGUUCAUAUUUUGGAUACAUGUUCAAGGGAUACCUAUGCAUUAGAGCAAUCACUGGAGUUUGUCAGGGCAUCUUUGACUAAAGUGGAUGAAGCCGAGUAUAUGUGUCCUGAUGGAUCAUAUGCUAUUCAAGAAAACAUCCCACUGCUCAUUGCAGGAGUCAUUGGUGGUUCAUACAGCAGUGUUUCCAUACAGGUGGCAAACCUGCUGAGGCUCUUCCAGAUCCCUCAGAUAAGCUACGCCUCCACCAGCGCCAAACUCAGUGACAAGUCGCGCUAUGAUUACUUUGCCAGGACCGUGCCCCCUGACUUCUACCAGGCCAAAGCCAUGGCCGAGAUCUUGCGCUUCUUCAACUGGACCUAUGUGUCCACCGUUGCCUCUGAGGGUGACUAUGGGGAGACAGGGAUUGAGGCCUUCGAGCAGGAAGCACGGCUGCGUAACAUCUGCAUCGCCACUGCUGAAAAGGUGGGCCGCUCCAACAUCCGCAAGUCCUACGACAGCGUGAUACGUGAGCUCCUGCAGAAACCCAAUGCGCGGGUCGUGGUCCUGUUCAUGCGCAGUGACGACUCACGAGAGCUGAUCGCGGCAGCCAACCGCGUGAAUGCCUCCUUCACCUGGGUGGCCAGCGACGGCUGGGGUGCUCAGGAGAGCAUAGUCAAGGGCAGUGAGCAUGUAGCCUAUGGCGCCAUCACCCUUGAGCUGGCAUCUCACCCGGUUCGCCAGUUUGAUCGCUACUUCCAGAGCCUCAACCCCUACAACAAUCAUCGUAACCCCUGGUUCCGAGACUUCUGGGAGCAGAAGUUCCAGUGCAGCCUCCAGAACAAGAGAAACCACAGACAGGUUUGUGACAAGCACCUGGCCAUUGACAGCAGCAACUAUGAGCAAGAAUCCAAGAUUAUGUUUGUGGUGAAUGCAGUGUACGCCAUGGCGCAUGCGCUGCACAAAAUGCAGCGCACCCUCUGUCCCAACACCACCAAGCUCUGUGAUGCAAUGAAGAUCCUAGAUGGAAAGAAAUUGUACAAGGAGUAUUUGCUGAAAAUCAACUUCACAGCUCCAUUCAACCCAAAUAAAGGAGCAGACAGCAUUGUGAAGUUUGACACUUUUGGAGACGGGAUGGGAAGAUACAACGUGUUCAACUUGCAGCAGACAGGUGGGAAGUAUUCUUACUUGAAGGUUGGCCACUGGGCAGAAACCUUGUCUCUAGAUGUGGACUCUAUCCAUUGGUCCCGGAACUCAGUCCCCACUUCCCAGUGCAGUGAUCCCUGUGCCCCGAAUGAAAUGAAGAACAUGCAGCCCGGGGAUGUUUGCUGCUGGAUCUGUAUCCCCUGUGAGCCCUAUGAAUACCUGGUCGAUGAGUUCACCUGUAUGGAUUGUGGCCCUGGCCAGUGGCCCACUGCAGACCUAUCUGGAUGCUACAACCUUCCAGAGGAUUACAUCAAAUGGGAAGACGCCUGGGCAAUAGGCCCGGUCACCAUUGCCUGCCUGGGCUUUCUGUGUACAUGCAUAGUUAUAACUGUUUUUAUCAAGCACAACAACACACCCUUGGUCAAAGCAUCAGGUCGAGAACUCUGCUACAUCUUGUUAUUUGGAGUUAGCCUGUCCUAUUGCAUGACAUUCUUCUUCAUUGCUAAGCCAUCGCCUGUCAUCUGUGCGUUGCGCCGACUUGGGCUUGGGACCUCUUUCGCCAUCUGUUAUUCAGCGCUGCUGACCAAGACAAACUGCAUUGCUCGCAUCUUCGAUGGGGUCAAGAACGGCGCUCAGAGGCCGAAAUUCAUCAGCCCCAGUUCUCAGGUUUUUAUUUGCCUGGGUUUGAUACUGGUGCAAAUUGUGAUGGUGUCCGUGUGGCUUAUCCUGGAGACUCCAGGUACUAGAAGAUACACCCUUCCAGAGAAGCGGGAAACAGUCAUCCUGAAAUGCAAUGUCAAAGAUUCCAGCAUGUUGAUCUCUCUGACCUAUGACGUGGUCCUGGUGAUCCUAUGCACUGUGUAUGCCUUCAAAACGAGGAAGUGUCCUGAAAACUUCAAUGAAGCCAAGUUUAUAGGCUUCACCAUGUACACCACCUGCAUCAUCUGGUUGGCAUUCCUCCCUAUAUUUUAUGUGACAUCAAGUGACUACAGAGUGCAGACGACAACAAUGUGCAUCUCCGUUAGCCUGAGCGGUUUCGUGGUCUUGGGCUGUUUGUUUGCCCCCAAGGUGCACAUCGUCCUGUUCCAACCCCAGAAGAAUGUGGUCACACACAGACUUCACCUCAACAGGUUCAGCGUCAGCGGAACUGCAACCACCUAUUCUCAGUAAUUUGAAUCAAGUCAUCCCUCUGAAGCAUGCCAGGAUACAGAGGCUGCCAUCUGACCACAAUUCCUCUUAGCCUUGGAAUCUCCUGAAAUAGCCUCUCUCUAUUGUGGAUCCCAGGCAUUGAGAUAAGGCCCUCUAGUGUUGGAUCCAUUAAACAUGUGAUCUUGCUUCUUUUUUUAAAGGGUAAGUAUGAUUAUGUAUGACUGUCUUUGUGUGCGUAUGUGUGUGUGUGUGUGUCUGUGUGUGUGUGUGUGUGUGUGUGUGUGUGUGUGUGUGUCUGUGUGUCUGUGUCUGUGUAGGUGUUUUCUCUUUCUUUUUAUUUAAUUUUAUUUUUCUUGGGUAUUUUAUGUAUUUACAUUUCAAAUGCUAUCUCUGUUCUCCUCUCUCCUACACCCGCUCCCCCAUAAUCCUGCUUCUAUGAGGACACUCCCACUCCCACCCACCCACUCCCACCUCAACGCUCUAGCAUUUCCCCUACAUUGGGGAAACGAGCCUUCACAGGACCAAGGGCUUUUCCUCCUACUGAUGCUGGACAAUGCCAUCCUCUGCUACAUAUGUGGCUGGGUCAUUCCAUGUGCACUCAUUGGUUGGUGGUUUAGUCACUGAGAGUUCUGGCGGGGUCUGGUUGGUUGAUAUUGUUAUUCUUCAUGUGGUGUUGCAAAGCCCUUCAGCUCCUUUAGUCUUUUCUCUAACUCCUCCACAUUAGGGUCCCCUUGUUCAGAUCCAUGGUUAGCUGCAACCAUUUUCACCUGUAUCAGCAGGGCUCUGGUAGAACCUUUCAGGAGACACCCAUAUCUGGCUCCUGUCAACAAGUACUUCUUGGCAUCAGCAAUACUGACUGGGUUUGGUGGCUGCAUAUGGAAUGGGUCCCCAGAUGGAAAGUCUCUGGAUGACCUUUUCUUUAGUCCCUGCUUCACUCUUUGUCCCUGUAUUUCCUCCUGUGAGUAUUUGUUCUCCCUUCUAAGAAGGAAUGAAGCAUCCACAUUUUGGUCUUCCUUCUUCUUGAGCUUCAUAUGAACUGUGAAUUUUUUCUUAGAUAGUCCAAGCUUUUGGGCUAAUAUCCACUUAUCAGUGAGUGCAUACCAUGUGUGUCCUUUUGUGACUGGGUUACCUCACUCAAGAUGAUAUUUUCUAGUUCCAUCCAUUUGCCUAAGAAUCCCACACCAGUCAGAAUGGCUAAGAUAAAAAAACUCAGGUGACAGUAGAUGCUGGCAAGGAUGUGAAGAAAUAGAAACACUCCUUCAUUGUUGGUGGGAUUGUAAGUUGGUACAACCACUCUGGAAAUCAGUCUGGCAGUUUCUCAGAAAAUUGGACAUAGUACUACCUGAGGACCCAGCUAUACCACUCCUAAGCAUAUACCCAAAAGAUGCUCCAACAUAUAACAAGGACACAUGCUCCACUAUGUUCAUAGCUAUCUUAUUUAUAAUAACCAAGAGCUGGAAAGAACCCAGAUGUCCUUCAACAGAGGAAUGAAUAAAGAAAAUGUGGUACAUUUACACAAUGGAGUACUACUGAGCUACUAAAAACAAUGACUUCAUGACUGUGUCUUAUACCAUUUGGUCUGUUACAGCAAAAUGCAUUCACUUGAAAAUAACAGAAUCUUAUUUUCUAAAUUUACAGAGGCUGGGGAGGCUAAGUUGGCAAUGCUUCUGAGUGAGGGCUUGCCCUCUCUUUCACAGAUGAUGCUAUCUUACAGUGUAAUCUCAUAUGGCAUUGGGCUAGCUAGCCCUUUAGGGCACUUUUAUAAGAACACCCAUUUCAUUCAUGUUGUCAGAACCACUGAAAGUUAACUACCUCUCAAAGCUACUGCUUUCUAAUAUCCCUAGGCUGGGAUUUAGCAUUGUAAUACCAUUUUAGCAUAUGAAUUUGGGGAGCACAAGCUCUCAAACCUGGCCAACUGAAUUUUAACACAAGAAUAUUUUUUAUCUGCAACUCUUGGAACAAGAAAUAUAAAAAUAUACCUUUAUGUAUUGCCUUUUCUAAAGAACUCUUGUAAGAUUAAUUACCACACAUUAGUGCCUGUUCAAGACCACAUUAGUUAACCCGCUUCCUAAUUUCCUUUAUCUCUAGAUUGUUGGGAAAAAAUCGUUUUAUUACUUCUAUUUAAAAAUUGUUCUAAAAAUGUAUGAAUGUCUUGUGAUGUGAUUAUAACUAUCUCUUAAGAUGACUUAUUCAUGUUUGAAUUACACAAUUUUAGAAUGUCUGCAUUAAAGGUUUUCCUUUCUUGA